AUGGAGCUCGAUUUAGAGGGACUGGUCAAGACGUUCAAGACUCUGGAUACAAACUCCAGAGGUGAAACGCAACAACGUGCGGAGGACCAAUUGAAGGCCUGGGAAAGUGUUCCUGGUUACCACUAUUUGCUACAAUCGGUAUACUUGGAUCAGGCCCUACCAUUGCAGGUAAGAUGGCUUGCUAUUAUAUGUUUCAAGAACGGAAUCGACAAAUACUGGAGGUCUACGAGAAUUCAUGCUGUUUCGAAGGAAGAAAAACACGAGAUUCGGAAACGAUUGUUUAACAUCAUUGAUGAGUCCAACAAGCAGUUCACCAUUCAGAAUGCUCACGCGGCCGCCAGAAUAGCGAGGUUUGACUUUCCAAAUGAGUGGCCAGACUUGUUUGAAAACGUGUCUGAAUUGCUUCAGCAGUGUGCGUCAGAAAGUAAUGUCGUAAAGGUGCACAAUGUGUUGAUCAUUUUCAACCAAAUCAUCAAGGCCCUUGCUGCCGUGAGAAUCGGUAGAACACGGGCUGCCAUGCUGCAAAAGGUACCUUCGAUUACCCCAAUACUCAUAAAGCUCUACGUAUCAUUUUUUGAGUCGUGGACAAAGAACUUUGACCUGGAUGCCAUGGAAGUCGGGUACGUGUGUCUCAAGGUCACACGGAGAAUCGUCACAGAUGGAUACGAUUACCCACAUAGGGACCCAGCGUUGUCUGAAUUCUUUGGGUUGUCACUCAAUAAUCUCCAAACUCUCAUUAUAGAGUACGAAAAACAAGAAUUGGAGCUGCUGGAGAGAUAUAUCAAGUGCUAUACCAAGAUGUACUUGGGACUCAUCUCCGAUAAUCCCACUGCAUUUGUAUGCCUACCCAGUGCAAUGGACACAUUGAUGACGUAUUUAUCCCUUCUAGAAUCCAAGGCAUCUGUUAUCUACAAUUGCGUCGAGGAUGACGAUUUCUGGGAGCAAAUAGCAGUGCGCUCGUUCACAAUGAUCAAACGUCUGGUUCAUUUCGUUCACAAGAAGGGGGCUGUAACUCUGAAACAAAGAUCCGAUAAAGAGGAGGUUCAGGGUGCUGUAGCAAAACUAUCAACGGACUUUUUUACACCUGGUUUGGUGCAAAAUUUGGCACAUCUGAUAAUGACAUGGUACCUGAAGCUGCGUCCAAAAGACCUGGAGAGCUGGUCUACACAGCCUGAAGAAUGGGUUAUCGAAGAAAUGCAGAUGAACUGGGAGUUCCAGAUAAGACCAUGUGCUGAGAAUAUCUUCCAAGACUUGGUGCUGUAUUUUAAAGAGUAUCUGGCUGAGUAUGUGUUGAGCGAGAUCAGCGGAGGACUGUCAAACAAUCAGUCCUUGACAGACAUUUUACAGAAGGAUGCCGUAUUUUCCAUUUUCCAGCUCUCAUCACAGGUGGUUUCCGAAAGGGUUGAUUUUGAUAAUUUACUGAAUGACUUGUUCAUUCCAGAAGGACUGAAGAAUGACAUGCUUGAAAGCAAGAUUUUGAAGAGGAGAAUUUGUCUGAUUAUAUCUGAAUGGCUACAAAUACGCUGCUCAAAGGAGAGCAGAAUUGAGGUAUACAAACUCCUUUUGAAUUUUCUACAGUUAUCCAAUCCUAUGAACGAUAAAGUCGUCAGAUUGACGGCCAUAUCAACCUUAAUGCAUGCGGUUGACGGUUGGGAUUUUGAAAAAACUGCAUUUAAGCCAUACCUGGAAGAGUUCAUGACAUUGUUGAUUGGUGAGCUAUCCAACAUGGAACUGACGGAGUCAAAGCUGUUUGUUCUCAAAGUCAUUUCGAUUGUCAUAGAAAUCACCAACCCGUUGCUUCCAGAUGAAGUUUUGAUACGAGUAAUGAGUGUGAUUCCUGCUUUGUGGGAGAAUUCUAGUUCUCAGAACGACCAGAUCAUCAAGACCUCAAUCAUUCGUGUGCUGAAGGCAGUUGUGACAUCGCUAAAUUCAGAGAGUCCCAAGAGUUAUGAAGUCGCCAUGCCUUUGAUCCCCAUAUGCUGCGACGAGAGAUCCGAGCUGCACUCACUAUUGUCAGAGGACGGAUAUGAGCUUCUGCAAUCAGUGCUGCAAUACUGUCCCUUGGAGAGUCUACCUGAACAACUAGCGACAGACUUUUCUCUGGUGCUGAUAGGACUACGCGAUUCCACGGAAAUCUUACCUCUGGUACUAUCUAUUAUCAGGAGCUAUGCCCUGUUUGGAGUCCAAGCCUUCAGCACCGAAGUGGGACUGGAGACGUUCAAGAUACUCGGAGAUUACUUGCCCAGCUUGCGUGAUGAUUCACUAGUGGUUCUUUCGUCAAUGCUGGAAAUAAUCAUGUUGCAGCUGGGACGUCUGGAUACACUAGCCGAGGCCGCUCCGGUAGUCUCCAACAUGAUCCAGAGCGGGCUGUUUGCAGCCAUGUUGACAUACGUACUUGACGAGACUCAGUCACCACCAUGCGUGGUCAGGAUUCUGGUCCCGCUUACGAGGUUCAUGUACAUCCACCCACAAGGGUGGUUUGAGGUUUUGACAAGAUUUGCAAGUAACCAGAACGUAUCGCCGGUGCAAGUACUCCACUCCACUAUGGAGCUGAUAGUUAAGAGACUGAAAAAUGUGGGCGAGCCCAAAAUCCGCAAACUUGCAAUCCUUGGGCUUCUUGCAGUUUACUCUGAUCCUGCACUGCUCACAAGUAUCCCCGGAGACGGUCCCAGCAAUGACAUUGAGUAUAACAUAGCCCAACUGGACAUCAAAGACGGUGUGAGCUACGUUCUUACAGAGCAUCUAGCGUCGAUGCUGUUCACCGUGACCCAGGCACUAGAGGAAAUAAACGAGGACGAAAACGGCAACUGUGAGAUCUACAGCCGUGAAGGGGAAUACGAUAACGACGAGUUGGUGAUGAUAGGAGAUGCCACAGACGAAUUUGCAGAGACAGGGAUAAAGCCCUCUGGCGAAAGAAUGCGGUAUACGAAUCUUUGCAAGGGACCUAGAGGAGAUCCAGUUUAUUUGGUGCCUUUGAAGGCGAAAACGUCGUCUUUCAUUCAGGGUCUGAAGCAGAGGUUUGGAGACUCUGGAUUUGCUGCGUUGACCAGCAGGAUCGACAGGGCCACCAUUGAGCAGUUGGAGAUGGUUUUGGGGUAG